AGAACUCAUCUGGAACCGGGAAAAAAUGGAGUGUGCCGGCAAGGGACGAGGAAGUCGUUGCAUUGGCCCGGCGAUUCGACGCUGUGGUCGCUGCGGAGCUGUUGCUUACUGUUCAGCCGAUCACCAGAUUAAACAUUGGAAUGAUCAUAAAGAUGAAUGCAAAAGGUUUGAGCAACAAAUGAAGAGAAUAGAUGCCUUGUACGAGUUUCCUUUCACAUUUUCCGAGGAGGCUGUUCAGUUGUGUCAAAAGCAGGUGAGUAGGUGUUCAUUCUUGAGCAAAAGGGACAUCCACAAAGUCGGAAUGUGGUUAUAUGAGUGUCCUUGUGGAGAAGCUGCUACAUCCUAUGAUUACUCAAGAUUAAAUGAUAGUUGGGUUCUACCUAGAAUCUCUUGUCCAUGUAGUGAACCGCUUUCCCCAAUAACAAAACGUUUACACAGUUGGAAGGACUAUUAUGAUUGGAGAUGCAUUCCCCUUCACUCUCCUGCUGCUUUGCUUCUUCAUUGGCCACUUACAAUAAGUUAUGCUAUGGAGGUUGCUGGUUUGGAACCCUUGACUCCAGAAUUUGGUGACACAUUACGCAUACACUAUUUAGGGCCUGAGAAGGAGCUUUUACAGCUCUCUGUCUUUGCUGAGUUGCUUGCACUUUUCCCCGGGGUGACAAUACACAUAGAGCUUGUUGGGCCUAGAAUUCCCGAAGAAAUGGAUGGUGAGAGCAUUGACCUUUCCAGUUAUGCUAAAUGCCUACAGAUGGAUUGUGUUUGCAAAUAUUCAAGCAAAGACGUCAACAGGGGUGUAUAUUCUGAUAAACGUCCAAGGUUGGCGUUGAAGCUUUGGAGAGGGCUUUACCAUGAUUGUUACAAAGCCAUUACCGAAAAUUAUCAUCCUCACUUAAUCAUUGCUCCAAAUGCUGGAAUUGCUGCCUAUUCCAGUUGGCUACCUACUAUUGAACUUAUUAAGAAGAUAAAUGUUCCAGCAAUCUUUUCUGAUUUCUGUGAAGAAGCUUGCCAUCUUGGUGCUUCUUGUUUGAGCUGUGUGAUAGGCCACCCCAUUACGUUCCCGAUUCAAUUAAAUCCAUUCCGGCAACCAAUAGCUAUUGAAGACACUGCUCUGUUUCUUCCUUGCUAUUCAAACUGCUUCUUGUACGGUGUUUGAAUCGACCAAAAGUACCAGUUUUACUCCGCCAACUGUGUUCCAAACUCAGGUCUAUGCCUCUUGCGCUAGAGGAUUGACUAGGUAAAUCAAAUGGUUGCUAGGAUAUUUUAAGUUUGUCUACAUUGUCAAUAUAUCUCAAGGUUUUGCCGCCUUGGGUAUUUGAGCAGCCAUGUGCUGCAUCAUUGACCGUUUUCUAGAUUGAUCGUUUUUUUUUUUGAAGUUCAAAGAGUAGUUGCUUACAGACUUGAUCAAUGAUUCUGCCUCUAAAGUCUAGGGUUGUGCAUCAUUUCAUUCGCAUAUUAAAAUGCUGGACUAACUAAUAGUA